GUUCCCCCGGCCUUCGGCUCCAGCCCGGACUUUGGGCCUUUUCUUGUGUCCUGUUUGUUAAAGGCAUGCCGGCUACAGCAUUCAAGAGGGCAAGUCUUUAACAAAGGGAAAGAGAUAAGUGUAAAUAAGCUCACAUUUUCAGAAUGAGCGGUUUGCAGUAAGAAGCUGCGGCAGCCCAGAGUCUGCUACUUUGGGCUGGGCUAACCUUUCCCUGUUUAAAAAAAAAAUGGAUAAAAAUACGCACUUUCAAAGUGCGAGUUGCCCGUUUACAUGUUUACUAGCUAAUUGUCUACAGGCAUGAGCACACUCUCUCAUCUAGCACACUCUUUCUUGGGAUUAGAGAAAAAUCAUUUCAGGAAAGUUGGAGUAUUAUGUAGCAGUAUGCAUUGUUUUGGCCACCUUUAUUCAGAAGAAGCACCCAUUGGAGGAAGUCUCUAGUCACAGUGCCCCUAGAAAGUUCAAUGGUUAUCCAAGUCUUGAAUCAAAUUGAUGCCAGAAUUCGGUUUGAACUAAUGUGGAGGAAGGCAUUCCCUACCAGUCCCUAGUCUCAAAGUGGUGAACCCCUGCAACCAGCAGGCUUCCUGAACAAAAAUCCAUGGGUGACAGAAGAUUCAUUGACUUCCAAUUCCAAGAUUUAAAUUCAAGCCUCAGACCCAGGUUGGGCAAUGCUACUGCCAAUAAUACUUGCAUGGUUGAUGAUUCCUUCAAGUAUAAUCUGAAUGGUGCUGUCUACAGUGUUGUAUUCAUCCUGGGUCUGAUUACCAACAGUGCCUCUCUGUUUGUCUUCUGCUUCCGCAUGAAAAUGAGAAGUGAGACUGCUAUUUUCAUCACAAAUCUGGCCCUCUCUGAUUUGCUCUUUGUCUGUACUCUACCUUUCAAAAUAUUUUACAACUUCAAUCGCCACUGGCCUUUUGGUGACACCCUCUGCAAGAUCUCUGGGACUGCAUUUCUCACCAACAUCUAUGGGAGCAUGCUAUUCCUCACCUGUAUUAGUGUGGAUCGUUUCCUGGCCAUUGUCUAUCCCUUCCGAUCUCGCACCAUUAGGACCAGGCGGAAUUCUGCCAUUGUGUGUGCUGGAGUCUGGAUCUUAGUCCUCAGUGGUGGUAUUUCAGCCUCUUUAUUCUCUACGACUAAUGUCAACAAUGCAACCACCACCUGCUUUGAGGGAUUCUCCAAACGUGUCUGGAAGACUUACCUGUCCAAGAUCACCAUAUUUAUUGAAGUUGUUGGGUUCAUCAUUCCUCUGAUAUUGAAUGUCUCUUGCUCUUCUGUGGUGCUGAGAACUCUCCGCAAACCUGCUACACUGUCUCAAAUUGGGACUAAUAAAAAAAAAGUGCUGAAGAUGAUCACGGUGCACAUGGCAGUCUUUGUGGUAUGCUUUGUACCUUACAACUCUGUUCUCUUCCUAUAUGCCCUGGUGCGCUCCCAGGCCAUUACUAAUUGCUUGUUGGAAAGAUUUGCAAAGAUCAUGUACCCAAUCACUUUGUGCCUUGCAACUCUGAACUGUUGCUUUGACCCUUUCAUCUAUUAUUUCACCCUUGAGUCCUUUCAGAAAUCCUUCUACAUCAAUACCCAUAUCAGGAUGGAGUCACUGUUUAAGACUGAAACACCUCUGACCACAAAGCCUUCUCUUCCAGCUAUUCAAGAGGAAGUGAGUGAUCAAACAACGAAUAAUGGUGGUGAACUAAUGCUAGAAUCCACCUUCUAGGUACUAGGACUGUCUUCAGGUCCAGAUACAGUUUCUCCUAUGAUUUUUCCUAUGCUCUAGAUAAGAGAAGAGAUUUGAAGCUAGUGAUUCUGAGAAUAAAUUAAUGAACCAAAUACAUUUGUUUAAAUGUUUAUUGUACAUAUGCUGUUUUGUUCAGUAAUUAUAGGUCAAGUCUAAUUACAGCAACCAAAACAGAUGAUCAAGCUCUUCUGCUGGAUUGGAAUUUCAUUAUUUCAUUGGAUCACAUUAUAUAAAUGGCCAAUGGCCUUGACUUUAGUGAUAGGGAGAUUACUUUAAAUUUUUUUUUUAAAUCUAUUUUAACGAUAUUUGGUAAUUGGGUUGGGCCUAUAAGUAUAGAACAAAUUCAGGGAUUAUUUUAAAAAAAAACUUUUGUGUUACUACUGAUAUAUGCUAGUCUUUUUCCUUUUUUGUCAUUGAAUUUGUUUUAGCACAAGAACAUAUUUUAACCUAACAUUAUUAAUAAAAACUGUAUUGAAUUAAAGAGUUGGCAAAAUUUGCUAUGUGAAUUUUGAAAAGAAAUUUUGCUUGCAUGAAUAUAGGUGGGAAGAAACAGAAAGUAACAGGAUUUACAUAUUUACAAUCAUAAGCAGUGUCCUUUUAUUAAAACUUUAUUUUCUCCACUAUGAUAAGAUUUUCAUAUGAAACUUCACAGUCAGAAAGCUGCUAAAUACAAGUAUGUUACCAGCAAAUGAAGAAUGGAAAAAUCACAUAAAAUAACAAAAUGUCAAUAAAAAAACACUAACUUUUUCUUAAUAUUUCUUAUUAUCUUUCUUUUGGGAAACUGUGUUCUACAAAAUAUUUAUUCUCCAUAUGAAAAUCUGGAGCACAAUACAGCCAAAAAGCUGCUCAAUUUGUGCUCAGGUCGGGAGCGAAUUGAAAAAAUAAAAUAACAAAAUAAUAACAAAAACACAAUAAAACGAAAAAUCUUUCUUAAACAUAUAUUAAUUAUUUUUAGGGGGGGUAGAUAUCUGUAACUUUAAAGUAUUUAUUCUUUAAUUAAAUUUUAGAGUACAAUGUAGCCAGAGUUGCUGAAUUAAUGAUCAAUUUGAGAGCAAAUGGAAAAAAAAAAUACAAAAACCAAACCAAAUCACACAAAACAACAAAACAGUUGAAAAACACUACAAAACCAAAAAGAAAAUCCAAGAAACAGAAAAAGAAAAAAAUGUAGCACAUCACCAUUUUAUUUAUUUUUUUGAAGCUCUAUACAUUUAAAAAUACUAAAUCAUUUAUAUGAAAUUUUGGAACACAGUGCAGUCAUAAAUCUGCUAAAUUUAUGCCCAGACCAGAAGUAAAUCAGAAAAAAUAAACCUAUAAUGCACACCAAAGCUCCCUACAAAACAAGAACACAAAAAUUUUAAACAAGAACACAAAAUUUCUGUAAAACAUGCAAAAUACAGUAAUUUGCAUAUGAUGCUUUGGGUCAAAAUACAGCUAAGAUGCUGCUAAACUGGCACCUGAGCCAGGAGCAAAUAAAAAUAUGUUAUCUCAAAAAAUAAUAGAAUAUUAAGUUGAAACAAAUAUUUAAAAAGUAAUAAAAGAACAAAAAGUAUUUUAAAUUAAACACUUAAAAAUUAUUAAAAUUAUUAUGUAUGGAUGAAUUAUAAAUUUAAGAGUGUUAAGAUUUGUUAAUAAAACAAGAAAUGAUAUAGUUUGAAAAAUACUACAUUUGUGCUCAGGUCAGAAACAAUGGCAAUCAAUAAAAACUCUCAUAUGCACACAUCUGUAAAUACAAUAGAAACCACAAAAAAUUUUAAAAGCACUGAAUAAAGCAAAAAAUCUUAAAACAUGCAUUAUUUAGUUUUAAAAAUAUUUGGAUGAUAUGACAAUGAUAAAAUUCUAAGAAUUUUAACUAAAACUUCUAGGAACAACAAAACUUUUUAAGUUGCUGAACUUGUGCCAGAGAGUGGUUGGAAAACUUUUGAAAAGUAAAAAUUCUAAAGUAAUAGGCUGAUUACUAAAAUUCAUAAGGCUUUGGUUUACUUUCUGAUGAUAUGGAAAUUUGAAAAUGUUAAGAUUUUUAACUUAAAAAUUUGUGAAUAUAAUAUAACUUUAAAAACUGCUGAAUCUGUGCCUGGGUUAUGAAGUAAUUGAAAAAAGAAUGCUAAAACAAUAGAACAAUAGUAAAAUUGAAUUCUCAAAAGUGGCACUACUUUUUCCUCAUGAUUUAAAGUCCUAAAAAUAAUCAUGCACUAUAUUGUCUUGUGAAGAAAUGUUCUAAAUGGAGCACAUGAGGUAUUCAUUCAGUUAGAUGAAAUUAGGUUGUUAGAUUAAGUUCAGUUUUUAGGUUAUAU